CUGUUUGGCCUGCAAAAACAUUUUCGAAUUGCUUUGGAUUCAUAAUUUUGCUCGCGUUUCGCGCGCGCCUCUCUCUGUGUGUGCGUGCGUGUGUGUGUGUGUCUCAAAGUCUCGCAUUUCCUGCCCAGCGCCGUCACCGCCUCCUCCUCCUCCUCCUCCAGACAGGCAGACAGACAGACACAGUCGCGCUUGACGCGACUGCGACGCAACGCGACACUGACACUGCCACAGAGUCAGAGACGUUGACAGAGACACUUGCUUAUCCGUCCGGUCGUCGCUCCUUUUCUGGUGCCGUCCGUCUCUGUCUAUGUCUCGACUUUCGCGUGCGAAUUGUGCAAAAUUAUCAACCUUCAACCGACAAACGACAACCGACAACAACGCACCACACCGAAAUCUGCUGGCGCUGCAUAAAGCAUCUCGCAUAGGCGAAGUUGCAGACAACAACACCUUAACACACACCUACAGGCCACUGACUUUAGCAACAGCCCAGCAGCGCCCCCAUGUACGUUAGGUGAACUGUGGACUCCUCCCUCGUACAGCAAGCGUGGAGCACACGAUGCUGCAGCACACGAUGACGAAGCGUAAAACGCUAAUCAUUGCCUGCUUUGGCAUUGCGCUGGGCCUCUGCAUCGGCACCGUUCUGAAGAACUACCGUGCACUGGAGAUUGUAAAGCGCUGCAGCUUGCGGCCCACGAAUCUUAAAUCGCCCAAUGAAAUUAUUGGGCUGAACGAUGAGGACACCAUACAGAAUUCGCAGCGCAAUCUGGUCUUUGUGGGCGUCAUGACUGCCAAGAAUUUUAUUGAGGGUCGUGCACGUGCCGUAUACGAUACCUGGGGCAAGGAGGUGCCCGGACGCAUUGCGUUCUUCAGCUCUGAGGGCAGCUACUCGGAGGAGCUGCCCGUGGUGGGCCUCAAGAAUGUCGAUGAUCGCUAUCCGCCGCAAAAGAAGUCAUUCAUGAUGCUUUACUACAUGUACGAGCAUUAUAUCGAUCGGUUCGAGUGGUUCAUUCGCGCCGACGAUGAUGUCUAUAUGGAGCCAGACAAGCUGGAGCGUUUUCUGCGCUCCAUCGACAGCUCGAAGCCGCAGUUCAUUGGCCAGGCGGGCAAGGGCAAUAGCGAGGAGUUUGGACUGUUGUCCCUAGAGUUCGAUGAGAACUUUUGCAUGGGCGGUCCCGGUGUUAUACUCAGUAGCGAGACGCUGCGUCGCGUCGCUCCGCACAUACCCACCUGCCUGAAAAAUCUAUACAGCACCCACGAGGAUGUUGAGGUGGGGCGUUGCGUUCAGAAAUUUGCCGGCAUACCCUGCACUUGGAACUACGAGAUGCAGUAUAUAUUGCGGCACAACUCGAGCGGACGCAAUGCGUACACCGGUAAAUUGAAGCGAAAGGAGAUACAUAACGCCAUCACGCUGCAUCCAAUCAAGCAGGCACCGCUGAUGUAUCGCCUGCACUCCUAUAUACAGGGCCUCAAGGCCGAGGAACUGCGCCAGGAAUCGCUGCUGCUGCAUCGCGACAUUAAGCGUAUGGCCAAAUACUUGGAAGUGCCUGAUGAUAGCACAUAUAUGGUGCCAAGCGUCUCACCAGGCGCCGUUCCCGACAAGGACAAUGGCAAACGACAUUUCGAAGAUCAUAAUAUUCUAGGCAUUAGUCCGGAGCUAAAUAAAUUUGUGCCCGCUAGCACAGCGGAUCUUCUGGAUUGGUCCUUUAUAGCGCGCAGCCUGUACUCGGCAGGCUCAGCGAAUCCCAAGCAGAAGAUUGACUCGGCCAUGCGCGAGGGUCUCGAGGAUGUCAUAACCGAGGUGAUGGAAAAUAUCAAUUAUUAUUCGCGACAACGCGGACGCGUUAUUGAGUUUCGUGAGCUGCUCUAUGGCUACCAUCGGCUGGACGCAAUACAUGGACAGGAUCUUAUACUGGAUCUGUUGCUCAUCUACAAAAAGUAUCGUGGCAAGAAGAUGACGGUGCCCGUGCGUCGUCAUCUCUAUGUACAACGCGCAUUCACCGGCAUCUUUGUCAAGGAGUUGGACGAGGAUUUCUACAAUGUAACGCUGCAACAAACCUUGUCAUCUGCAGGUCUGUUGGGUAGCCUCCUACACAAUGGUAUGGCUCGCCUGAGCAGUCACUUUACCAUGGCCAGCAACCUGCUGGCACCUCCGCCGGACAAUAUCGUGUUUGUCCUGCCCAUAGCCGGUCGCCUGGCGACCUUUCAACGCUUUCUGGCCACCUAUGAGCGUGUUUGCAUUGAUGCUUCGCAACACUGCGAUCUGCUGGUGGUAAUUUUUGGGCCGCCGGAAGAGCUGACCGAUCAUCUGCAGCAACUGAAUGAGCUGCGUUCCCGCCAUAUCUACAAGCAGAUCAACUAUAUACAACGCAGUGGACAAUUCUCGCGCGGCGUUGCACUGGACAUUGCCGCACGCUCCUCGUACAUACGGCAGGAGGACAUUAUUCUGUUCAUCGAUGUCGACAUGGUGUUUGGCGUGGAGACGCUUCAGCGAGUGCGCAUGCAUACGCAGCGUGGUCGGCAGGUCUAUCUGCCCAUUGUAUUUAGUCAAUAUGAUCCAAAGCGUCGGGGAGAAGUCAGUGCUUCCGAAUCGUUGCCAAUUGACGAUGAGAACGGCUACUUUAGGCAGUUUGGCUUCGGAAUUUGUGCCAUUUACAAGUCGGACAUACUGGACGAUGAUAUCAAUGGCUUUGACAAGGACAUAACUGGCUGGGGCCUGGAGGAUGUCAAGUUCCUGGAGAAGAUUGUGCGCGUCGGCACCCGCCAACAUGGCUUUCUGUCCAACACGGCCGAGGUGCCGCUCGACUAUAACGAGGCCGCUGAACAGUGGCGACGUCUCACCGUAUUUCGCGCCCCAGAUCCCACUCUGGUGCACAUCUACCAUGAUAUUAGCUGCGAUGUCCAGCUGGAUGCACCACAGUAUAACAUGUGCCUGGGCACCAAGGCAAACUCAUUGGGCAGCACCCGUCUCAUGGAGCAGCUGUUCUUCAACAAUCGCCAGAACGUUGAGUUCAUCGCCGAGUUCAAUCGGCAGAAGCAACAGACCAGAUGAUGAGAUGUCGACGCCACCUCA